GAAAAAGAAAAGUGGAGCCCAGUACGUGUCGCAUCCACCUCCACCGUCUGAUCAUUCUCUCCGCAAUAUUACGCCUCAUAUUCGCAUACAAUCAGAAAAAAGGGUUCCCAUACAAUCUCUCGCAAAGUAAAACAACAGCGCGGGUUGACUAAAGGCUAGGGUUCUUCGAAUCAGCGACUGAAUUAUUUUUUUUUCCUCUGCGAAAAAUUAUCCUAAAAGUUAGAAAAGAAACCUUUCGUGCUUGUUUGUAGAUUUUGUUUGUCUCUGUUAUUAACAAUGGGAAGAGGAAAAUUUAAGGCAAAGCCCACCGGUCAACGCCACUUCUCCACUCCAGAAGAGAUGCUUGCUGGUACUUCUACUCGUCCUCGCACAUUUAAGCGGCAAGAAGCUGAAUACAAAGAGGAGUUAGAACCUGAUGAGGAAUCUGGACAGGAGUCUGGAGAGGAAUCUGAUGAUGGAACUGAACAAAAGCGGAAGGGAACUCAAGGUGUUAUUGAGAUCAACAAUCCUAAUCUGCAGAAGCCCAAGAACGUGAAAGCUAGAGAUGUUGAUAUUGGGAAAACCACUGAACUAUCAAGGCGUGAAAGGGAGGAACUAGAAAAGCAGAGAGCUCAUGAACGAUAUAUGAGGCUGCAGGAGCAGGGGAAAACAGAACAAGCAAAGAAAGAUUUAGAGCGCCUAGCCCUCAUACGACAGCAGAGAGAAGAAGCUGCUAGAAAACGGGAAGAGGAAAAGGCUGCCAAGGAGCAGAAGAAAGUUGAAGCACGGAAAUGACUUUCCCACAAAGCUUCAUAUACAGCAAGUGUUUCCUUCAGCAAAAGAAAUUUGUGCUCUCUACGAUUUAGCUAAUAGAUGGUUCACAUACAAGGACCUUUUUUUAUUUAUUAAAAGUGUUGCUCAUUACAAAGACAUUUUUUUUUUCCAUUUGGUGGCACAUAAUUUAAUCAUUCUGGUGUGGUUUUUGAA